AACAACUUCUCACAACGAUACAUCUCAAAAAGCCGAGUAAGUGCACUUGUUACCUAUUAUCGCCUUGAAAUUCACAAAGAUAAGCUACUAGCGAAGCCCCAGUAAAAAGACAUGGCUUCUGCUACUCCUUCCGAGGAAGAUAUUGUCAACAGAUUCGACGGCUGUAACAACUCACCUGGUUGUUUCGAGGAAUCGAGGUUUGAGAGUCACAUAAAGCAAGAAUACUUAUGUCCAGUGGGAAAAGGUGUUUUAAAUAAUCCAAAGAAAGUACCCUGUUGUGGCCAAGUAUUUUGCCAUUUUUGUAUCAAGAAUUCUACACCAUAUAUUGAAAACGACCAAGGCAAUAAUCUACAGCAACAGAGCUUAGCAAUCCCGAAUUAUCAAACUUUAAAGUGCCCCCUCUGUCGAAAAGAAUUUGAGGCAAAUAAGCUUGAUGAUGUCUGUUUAAACUUCAAGACGUUGUUGAACGAGCUGCGUAUAAAAUGCUCCUUUGAAGAAUGCAGAAAAGUCAUAUUACUGGAAAAUAUGCUUCACCAUCAGUUUGGUUGCGAGUGGAAUCCGGAACGAAAGGUAUCAUGCACUGAUUGUAACAAAGAACUUCCAUAUUCAUCUUUAAAGGAUCAUUUUUGUAAUGACCGAGUCUUGAGAAAAUAUGCUGACGUCGAAAAGAAGACCCAAGAAAUAAAGCACGAGGCAAAUAAACAGGAAAAAAUGCUAGAAGAACUCCUCGAAUAAAAGACAAAAAUUCUCAUGGCAUUUUAUAUUUUACCGUUAUGAUUCGCUAGGUUAUGAUUAAAAAGGGUUAAAAUCUUA